UUUUUUGCUUGAAAAUUUAGGACUUUCUGUUACAAAAUGAAUAAGCGGUAGUUGCUUAGCAGUGGAGGCUUACCUAUCUCUCCCGCCGUCCGUCCCCUCGGAAAAAAGUGGUAGCAGCUGACACUACUAGUACUUUAGUUUACAACACGGAGGUUCCCCCGCGCACAGAAGUCAGUAGAUGUUGAACCGAUGUUCUUGAUUUCUGUGCGUAUCUGGAGUCUGGCGCAGAACUAAAACAUUUUGAAGAAAUCCUGAAAAAUACGUUUUCCCCGAGAAAAUUUUUUAUUCCCACCAGAUAUGACAGAUUUUUGUUGAAAAACCAAAUGGUCGCAAAACCUCUACUGCGCCCACGGAACACCUCCCAAAUGGUCCCGUGGCGUUUGAGGUGGUGCAAGAAGCGCGACUUCUUGUCGUCCGGGUUCAUUCUGCAAGGAGCGGUUUCUCUUCUGCAGGAGUAUAAUUUUCUUCAAAGCGCGACGCCUUUUGUGUCCGGGACGCGGGGGAACAAGAGGCAGCACCGAGCACAACUUUAUUUCCCGGAAGAGUUUGCUGGCGCGGAAGGAGCGAUUCCCCCGGAAGAUGAAUUUUGGGCAGAAGAAGUACACGACCAGGCUCACCACCAGGGCGGGGCGUUUAUUAGUGCAGCGGAGUUUCAUCCCUCCGACUACGACUAUGAUGCGCCCCAGGACGAUUAUGGCUGGCACGAGGGAGAAGUGGAACAAAACUGGCUUCCUCCCGCGUGCGAAAUCAUGCUAAGUCACGUACCGGGAGCAACAGACGAUCCCGCGGACCUGGUGAACAAUGUGCUCCAAGUCGCAAAUCAGGUCUUUCGAGAACGAACCACGCAGGAGGACUAUGAUGCUUUUUGGCGGUCACUUGAUGGCGUCUGUACGGCGCGGGUCAUAGAAGAAAGCAAAUGGUACUUGGUGUUCGUGGAGUUCGCCAAACUCGUUUUGAAUUCGUGGUGCAGCGACGUUUUCCAGGGAGAUCAUCGUGACCGCUGCACCCGCGAGAACCCCUUCGGUAAAAAUCUUCCGGCGCAUAAUCCAGUGUUGCCGUCAGCGGCGAGCUUGGGCGAGUGGAUGGAAACGUAUUUCGACCCUGUAGUUGUGUCUCAGAAGGACGACGAGGGAGGCUUGUCGCCAGUCGACACCAUGUUCGCUGACAAUUGCUCGCCUCUCCUGGACCGGUGGGCGGACGCCGACGAGGGCAUUUCCGAGUCAGGUUUAGUCAAGAGGGUGGUGCGCGUCUUCAGUGCGCUCUCGAGAGAUUACCCGAACGCGGGAGAGGACUUCGUGAAGCAAACCUGUGUCGAGGACCAUGAUCACCAGCACCUUCCGAGGCAAAUGUUCAAAGACUUCUCCCACACACUGUUGCAGUUUUGGUGUGGGCAGUUGAACUUCGCCGGAGACCGGCCUGAGGACGAAUAUCGCAGGUGCAGCGAGUCUGGAAAUCCCUUCCGAGAGGACGCUGCAAGCCCCACCACGACCUUGCCGGUCUUGGAAUCAUUCGACCGCUGGUUGGAAGAAUACAGCCUUGCCGACGACGUCCUGGCGGCGGACCAAGGCCCGGCACCGGCCUGCGAGAACCUUUUGGAAACUCUCUACAACAGUGCCGAUCCUACGGAGGAGCAGACGCGGGAAGCCGAGUCGCGGAGCCUCGCGCUGCGUUUCCUCCCAGCACAGGCCCGAGAGGAUCUCGAGAGGUACUGCCAGAAAACUGGGCAGAGACUGGAUUCCGACCAGGACUGGCCCGACGUUGCGAGAACGAUCUUGGCCAACAUCGACUCGAAUAUAAAGAAGACGCUUUACCCCGGAGUGCUUCCAGCAAAGGCAAACGUUGACCCGCAGGCGGGGCUUAGUAUGAACUACGGAGAACUUCUGCAAAGGGCACGAGCAAGCUUCCAAAACGGCGGAUUCGCAGACUGGUGCAACCAACAUGUUGAGCCAGCGAGGAGCGGGUCAUAUGUAAUUCCAGACGCCGCGCACGUGCAGCAAGUCUUCCGAGACGCCGGCGCGAUGGGGGGCGCGGCACAGGAGGCCAUGGAGCGGCUGGCUGACGAUGUAGAACACCAAGGAAACAAUCUGGAGGAAAAGUGCAACAUGUUCUUUCAGUAUUUGAGCGAACUGGAGCAGAGUGCCAUGAGGUCCUCGAACGGACGAGAUGGAGGGACAGCACGAGGACCCGUGAGAAGUACAACAGCAACGGUAUCAAUUGCAAAUAUGUCUGGGAGGUCCUCUGGAAGAGUGCGCUUGUUUGUCACAUGCAUCUUCUGCUCGUUGUACAGAUCAGUGGUCUGGAUCUGCUGGAAUGCUGCACGCCAAGCAUUACAGGUUUUGCGAAACAAGUACAAGGAGCUUCCUAUCUAAAAAUGCUCACCCCGCAUAAGAAAUUCGCCGUUUUUGCAGCGAAAAGUGGGCAGCACGACUUGGCACCCAUGCAAUACAGAUUUUUAUCUGGUCGAGAUUUAGCAUCACAAGUUGGAGGACUCUUCCAGAGGACCCAGACAUAUUUGCAAUGCAUAAGCGGGGGUCGGUUCAUCUAACUCCGGAUUGGGAGCAGGUGCUGGUCCCCCCGCCUCGGGAAUUGGUGUCGGAACCACCGCUACCGCGACCGUGUCCGUCGGGAAUACUCCGCCGAGGCCGCAACCGUUCGAGCUUCCGGCGCUGUACGUGGAGAUGGAAAAGAUCUCGCAAGAGUUUGUGGGCCACCUGGACUACGUGACAAGUGAGCUGCAGCUCAUGACCCGCAGCCGCGGGCUAUCCUGUUUAAAAACGUACCCACCCCAUAGUUGUAAUGCAAAUCUGCAUGCUAAAAAUGUUUCUCAUGCGGAGCCCCAUGAGAAGCAUUUUCCAAUCGUGUUUUGAAAUUUGUCAUGCUCCAAUCAGCAUGGUAUGCUAGAUCUGUGAUGCUGCUGAGCUAGCUCAAACAGCACUACACUACGAAUCCAAAUUUGUCAUGCAAAACAGCCAAAACUUGUGGAUUUGUCUAGCCGAUUCCCCAACUUGACUAUGGUGUGGGGACGUUUUUACAUAGGAUACGGGCACGAUGCGUUUCACCACUUCGUUGACCGAAUUUUCGUGGACCAGAUGUUUGUGGCGAGCUACCUGCUUCCCGUGCUGAACCAGAUUAAUCAUCUAUCAUCUGUAAAAACAUCCCCACCCCAGAGUUGUAAUGCAAAUCUGCAUGCUGAAAAUGUUUUUCAUGCGGAGACCCAUGAGAAGGGCUUUCUAGUCGUGUUUGGGGAUUUGUAAUGCUAGAAUCAGCAUGAUAUGCUAGAUCUGUGAUGCUGCUGAACAAGCUAAGCAUGCUUGCACUACGAUGCCAAACUUGUCAUGCGCAACAGCAAAAGCUGACAGAUUUGUCUAGCAGAUUUCCCAUCUUGACUCUGGUGUGGGGACAUUUCUACUCAGGAUAUCAUCACGGUCACAACCUGGCCGUGCCCUGGCUCGAGAAGUUCGCGCGCAACCUGGAGGAGUCGGCCGCCCGGUUCGGGGUGGAUCUGCUCAACGGCCCCCCGGCACAGAAAACGCGCGCGCUCUCGGACACGGUGGAGCGGUAUCUCGAGCACGCUGCGGUGGCGGCGCAGAAGGAGAUGGUUGGCCUGACCCAACAGGAUGUCGUGGGAGCGAACACAGAUGUGACUCACAAGCAACUCUCGGAGAUGCCUGAGCUGGCGCGGGCCAUGUUCUUUACCUGCAGCUCCACGACUUCCGGGGAUGUCGGUCGAUGGCCUCGCCCGGAGGCGGCGUCUGCAGCCUGCAAGAGUCACGUGAGCCUGGUGGGGAAGGCAGUGGCGCUCACGGCGAAGGCGGAGUUCUCUCCCGUAGUACCCGGAAAAGAAGCAGAAGCUUCGUUGCAACACGCGGCUUUUGCCAUCACGGUGCACGGAAGCCCCUUGAGCCAGGCGUUCAAGGGGUUCUCGGUGCUGCAGCCUGUUGCUCAAUACAACCAGGUGCAGAUCAUGGGCGCAGCUGCACAGGGGGGGCCAGGUGCACUGGCCGCGCCCCGUCAACUAUCCUGAGUAAAAACGUACCCACACCAGAGUUGUCAUGCAAAUCUGCAAGCUUAAAAUGUUUCUCAUGCGGAGCCCCAUGAGAAGCAUUUUCUAAUGGUGUUUUGAAAUUUGUCAAGCUCCAAUCAGCAUGAGAGACUAGAUCUGUAAUGCUGCUGAACUAGCUCAAACAGCACUACAAUACGCGUCCGAAUUUGUCAUGCAAAACAGCCAAAGCUUGUGGAUUUGUCUAGCCGAUUCCCUAUCUUGACUAUGGUGUGGGUACGUUUUUACUCAGGAUAUCAACACCUGAUGCCCUACGUCACAGGUCUGAUCGCCGCCCGUAUCGUGACGAAAAUCUGCUUAUCAAAUGUAAAAAUGUCUGGGUCUGGAAACUUGUGAUGCUGGGUGGCGUCUCAUGAUGAGGCUACAAAUGCUGGCUCAGCAUGACAAGUUUCUGAGGUCCUAGGUGUUGCCUAUUCUGCAUGACAAACUGCGCUUCUGCAUCACAGAAAAACGGAGCUCUUGGGUAAUGUGCAUGACAGAUUUAAGAGUCAUGCCAGACAAGCAUGACAAACAUGAAUUCUUCCAGACCCAGACAUUUUUACAUUUGAUACUGCUCCCCUCCCCGUACUCAAGAAAAUGGAAGAACUUCGUGAUGCUGGUGAAGAUUCGUGACCACAGUAAAUCAGAUUUGUGUUGCAUUCUAUGGGGCAAGUAGUGGGAGCUGUUUGGCGCAUUCCACAGUCAAUCUGUGACGCGCUUUUGCCUACUGCGAAGCCGCUGUCUUUUAUGCCUUAACUGCUAGCGGCCUUUUGCAUACACUAUCAGGCUUCGAAAUAAAUGCCGCCAAGCGCUUGCUGCAAUACAAGUUGGCUGCGCAAGAAUAAAUCCAGCAUAGUAGUACUACACAAGUUUUCUUCGUUUGUACGGGGUGGAGGCACUCCUUUCUUCACUUUGAUAGCCCAGGGCAAGGCCCCUCCGUUCAGUGGCACGAAAGGCAAGGACAUAAACACGGCGGACCGCAGGCGCGUGGCGUUAAUAGCAAUGCAACGGUUCCAGAGUCACCUGACGCCGUACGAGCGAAAACUCUCAGAACUGCUUGACGGAGGGUGGUUUCAGCAUUUUCCGAAGCUUUACUCGUUUUUGCUGGACGAAGACACGAAAAAGAUUUUUCGGUUCCUCGGCAUGCUGAAGCCCCCCGCACCCGACCGCGCGGGGCAGGAAUGGUGGAAGUGGCAGGCUGCGUCCAAUUUGGUCUCCUCCGGAACUUAUGGAUUGCAAAUAUGUCUGGGUCUGGAAGAAUACAAACUUGUGAUGCGCAUUUCAGAACACACAAAAAUCUCUCAUGCAUAGGUAGCAAAAGCUUCCCACUUUCUGUCACCAAAAUGGGGGACUUGUCAUGCGGAUUCGGCAUUGCGGAAGCUUCUCGAAACCUGUGAUGCUAGAGCUUCCAUGCCAGACCUCCUGUAUCAUGCAAAAACAGCAUGACUCUUCGAGACCCAGACACUUUUGCAUUUCAUAGAACUGCGGGGGCGGGCCCAGGGGUCAUGCAGGAGUUGAACACCGCGGCAGAGCUAUCCUGAAGAAAAACGUCCCCACCCCAUAGUUAGUUGUCAUGCAAAUGUGCAUGCUUAAAAUGUUGCUCAUGCGGAGCCCUAUGAGAAGCAUUUUCUAAUCGUGUUCGGGAUUUGUGAUGCUCCAAUCAGCAUGCUAUUCUACAUCUGUAAUGCUGCUUAACUACUAGCUAAACAGGAUUACGCUACGAGGCCAAACCUGUCAUGCGCAACAGCCGAACGUGGGUGAUUUGUGUAGCAGGACUAUAGGGUGGGGACGUUUUUACUUAGGAGAAGAGCUGGUGGCGCGGGCAAGUAGCACGCCGCCGCUACUACAGGCCUCGCAGGCGCCGAGGCGGAAACCCUUUGCCGAGGUGCUCGGAACACCCUCGUCCGGUGCAGUGGACGCGCCAAACUUCCAAGACGCGCUUGAUCUGAAGCUGGGGGCUUCGCAGUACCCCAUCCCGGGGGGAAGCCAGGCCGCGGGACCGGGAAUCGCCCCCUCGUCUCUGGAACAACCCUACCCGAAGGUGUUUGCGCUGGUCACGCUAGCGAAGACUGCAGCGCGGCGCCUGUACGACGCUGACAGCGCCAGCAGCACGUUGGGGGCAAGUAGAUCCGACUUCGAAAGAGAUCUCUGGAAGCCCUUGACCGAUAUUACAAUGAAAAAUGCCCCCUCUCCAUAUCAAAACGGAAAUCUGUGAUGCAGAUUUGUGGUUACAAAUCAGCUUUGUGAUGCUAGAAGGCAAAAGAUGCGAACUGUAGUGCUGCCUAGCGUGGGAGAGCCUUGCAGCUCCAGGAUGACAGGAGGCAGCUGGAAGUGGGAAACAGCAUGACAGAUUACCUGCAAUGUAUGCCGCAGCUUCGUCUCUUGGAAUUCUAGCAAUACAAGUCGAUUUGUGUACUCAAAUACAGCAUCACAAAUUCGCGCAUCUUCCGUUUCCGAUAUGGGGUGGGGGCUUUUUUCACUAUGAUAACCGAUGCGGCCAUUUCUGAGUUCCACAGCCCGAGCGAAGUGACCACGGAACCUAUUGAGAAGAAAAAUCCCCCCUCCCCAUAUUGAAAAGGUAUGUCUCCAAAAAUUUGCAUUGCGGAUUUGAGGUCACAAAUCACAUCUGUCUUGCAAGAAGACAAGGGCAGGAGCUUCCGCCCCAUUAUGGAAGCGAUUUGCCAUGCUGUUGGGCCUAAAGGGGGGCCGUUUGCCAUGCUGUUUUGCUAGACCCAUACGCCCCUACCUAGCCUGGGGAUCUGGUCGCAGUCCCUCUCUGCAAUACAAAGCUGAUUUGUGGCCACAAAUCAGCAUCACAAAUUUCCGUUUUGAUAUGGGGAGGGGGGAUUUUUCAUUUUGAUAGAACCGGCCCUCGAAGCCGCUUGCCGGGCCGAAGUGGAAGAGUGGCUGCAGGGAUCAUCGGGCGGCGGCGACUGCGUGCUGGCGAAGCGGAAAUUACGUGCGGCCGAGGCGGAUCUGGAACAGUUUCGGCACGGGGCGCGGCAGUCCGACGAGAGUCUCGCCGAGGCUCAUUCGAGGGCCGACGCCAGGGUGGAAGAGGAGAGGGCAAAGGCAGCACAGGCUCUGGCCGACAAGGAUCAUGAACUUGCUGAGAAGGAGCGCGAGCUAGCAGCGGCGGUAGCUGCGCGUGAUAGUCUCGACGCACGGUUGUCGGUCGCCUCAGCGGGCCACGACGACGUGCAGAAAGCCGCACAGGACAGCGUUCGAAUAGCGCAGGACGCGAAGGAAAAGGCGGAGCGGGAUGCGGCGGAGAGCCAACACCGUCAAGAGCAGCUUCUCAAGGAAGCGGAGAGGCACAGGAAGGCCAGCCAGGAAGCGCUAGAAAAGGCGCGAGUGGCAAGAGAGCUCGCCGAGACACUGCGAGAACAAGUAACUACAUUAAAGGAAAAGUUGCAAAUAUCCCGUGCAAGAAAUAGAACCCGCCUGGCUCCAUAUUACUCCAGAAAGAGAUAGAUUUAUUCGUGUAUAAUUUCGUGCUCAGUCGGUGUGAGCAAGAAGCUGAUCUUAUAAUUACACUGGGAAGUUGUAGUGCGAGGACGAGUGCCCGACCCCCGGAAGUUGGAAAUUUUUCAUACGCAAAGUCUCCCAAUGGAAUUUGUAUUUGCGUGGCAUGAAAGUAGGAGUACGAGUCUGCUCUCUGGUGCACACGCUAGGCGCGCUGGGCAUCCUUCACGGGGCCGGCUGUCGCUGGGCUCUUUUGCAGCGCAAAUCCGUACCGUUGAGCAUUGAAAACUGGUCAUGCUGAUACAUGCAAGUUGGCAAGCGUUUCGAGGCUUUGCAAUGUAAACACUUUUCUACGUUCAUGUUGAAGGGCCUAGCAUCUUGAGCAAGAUGAAGCUUGUGGCCGAAGAACACUGACGACGAGAACGAAUGUAUAAAUAUUGCAGUCGUCAUGGUCAUAUAAGUAGGUAUAGCGAGGUGGCCAUCUAAGAGUAAAAAGAACUGAACUGUCCGGGGGCGCGUCAAGAUCAUAGAAGUAAUUGUAAUUCGACAUCGACGCUUUUAAUAUCAAGAUUUUUGCACUAGCGUGACAAAUUAAGUACCGAUACCGAACAGCAUCAAAAUGUGGGGUUCAUGCAGAGUUGCAUGAAACACGGGAGCACGGGAUGGGUUCGUUUUUUGAACAGGAUAGAAGGACGCGCAGCAAGCGAUAAAGAAUGCUAAACGUGACAAUGAAGCGUUGCAGGAAGGCCACGAGGCUGCUCUUGCAAAUUUACGGUUGGAAAAUGAGCAACAGGCACAACAGCACAGGGAAGAAAUGACCGGAAAGGAGACUGAGGUGGCGAAACUGACGGACGCACUAGACGGGGUACAAAAAAAGCGCGCUGACGAAGGCAAAAGCUUAGCUGAAAUCAACAAGGCGCUGGAGGAGGAGCGGAAGGCGUGGAAGAGCGAAAACGACGCGGCGAAAGGGGACGCUGAAAAUGCGAAGAAUAACCAUGCGGCCGAGCUUGCGGAUCUGCAGAGCAAGCAAGAGAAGUUGGGGCAAGAACUCGAGGAAACCAAGAGACAACUUGCGGAGGCAAAAGCAGACGCAGCAAACACCGAGCAGGCAAACCAACAGAAGGUGGGGACGCUCGAAGCAUCUCUUCAGGAAGCGUUGAGAAAUAUCCCCCAGAAAAAGACAGGCAGGUCAUAUUUGUAUUGCAAACAUAAAUAGACAAAACAAAUGCCCUAAACAGCAGGCUAUGGCGUCACCCAUGACAAAUUUUUCUGCUAUUUAAUUUUUGCAUACACAAUUUUGCCCUGCCUGCUUUUUUUUCUGGGAUACGAAACGCUGGCAAGCUCGAUGAAGCGGAUACUCGCAGACGCGAGCGCAUGCAGGCGCUCGGCGAGCGCAUGCAGGCGCUCAAGGACAAGUUUGAUGCAGACUACGAGGCGCUGCUCGCCCGUACCACCGCAGAGCAAGAAGGAAGUACUGUUUUGGACCAGAUCGACGUUGCACGGCGGAGUACGGAAUUCCAGGCUUCGCUGGCCGACCUGCAGUCUAAUUUGGAAGUGCGGAAGAGCCUCUUGCUUAGAAACGAUCAUGCGGACGAAGAGGCCCCGCCCGAUGGCGCAGCGCAGUAUGAAGAGGAUGCCGCCCGUUGGCAAGAGCUCUCUGCGACAGUAAAGAGAAGGCUGGAGGAGCUUGAUGCGCAGGCAAGAGAAGCAGUGGCUAAGAAGAACAGGUGGAGACAAGAGCGCGAAGAGGAGGAAGAAGGAGAAAGGCGUAAAGAGACAGAAAGACAAGCAGACCGGCUGCGUGAACUGGAAAAAGCAGUAGAAGACGCAGAGAAUAAACUGCAAAUUGCGAGCGCCUUAUCCAGUGCAAAUAUAUCUGGGUCCGGAAAAGUGGACUUGUUGUAUUGCUUGUCAUUCCUGAAAGAUAUGUGUUGCAUGACCAACAACAGCGCGACUUUUUGGGUCAUGUAAAAACGCAGUUUGUAAUGCGCCCUAGGCAUGAUGAAAAAGCUAAAGCGCUCGCAAAAAUGUUUGUCAUGCGUGGCUGCACUAGGAAGGCUGUUCAAUUAAUAUGACCAUUUAGCAUCACAGGUUUCCAGACUCUGAAAUAUUUGGAGUUGAUACGACAGACAAGCCACUGAAAUCCAGGAGCUGCUAGCUGCGAAUCAGAAACGGCUGCGAGAAAGCGAGACGGCAAGAGAUAAGGCUGAAAGAUUGAAGAAAGACCGUGAUGCCGAGCUUGAGGAGUUGAAAACGACGCACAAGGAGGCCGAGGGCAAUUUGGAGGCAGAGCUCGACAAUAUCAAAGGCAAAUAUGUCUCGGUCUGGAAGAGUGCGCUUGUUGGCCAUGCAUUUUUUGAAGUGAGUACAUGAUCUGGAAUGCACAUGAAGCAUUAGCUAUCCUGCAUGAGAAAUGCGCCAUUUGUGUAGCAAAAAGUGGGCAGCGUUUAUUGGCCCUCAUACAAUACACAUUUUUUGCUGCUCGAGAAGAAAGAUUUCCCAUCACAAGUUGCAUCCUUCCAGACCCAGACACAUUUGCAUUUGAUAGAGGAAGCCAAUCGACAAAUUGAGGAGGCGCAAAGGCUCUUGAGGGAGCAGGAGCAAAAGCACGCCCAGGAGCUCAAGGCAAAGGAAGACGCCCUGCAGGCCGCAAUGGCAAAGGCUGGCGAGGUUAGAGAACUGAAAAAGCGCAAGCGCCUGCGCAUGAAGGAGCUUGAGGAAGAAUUUACUAAAGGCCACGACGCGCUGGCCGGUGAUAUCGCUACGGAGCGACGAGAUGAAAUUUCGCAGGGGCUCAUCGACGAGCUGUUUAGGAAAUUCUCAGGCGAUCUGACCGGCCUGCAGGGAAAUUUGGACGUAUCCUGAGUAGAAACUUAAUUAAACACCCCCACCGCUUUCACAAAAACGAAAAAAAUCAAUUGCUACGCAAAUCAAGAACAAGGCUUGGGUCCUGUCGGGCAUGACAAAUCUGGGUCUCCUCGACGAGGUUGGCUAGUGAGGUCAUGGCAUAAAAAAUCCAGCUCGUUAUCUUGAUAGAUUGCAGCAGCACAAUGCCCAGGACAGUAUGAGAAAACGCCCCUCAUGGGCGGGCUGUGCAGGAGAAACAGUGAAGACACGCAAAAGUACUUAUGCAUGACAAGAAGGCUGGCGUGGGGACGUUUUUUCUCGGGAUAGGACGAGCGUAAAAGACUCUUUGGUGAGGAUCAAGCACAGGCAAUUGAGAGCAGGGCCUACACCGCAGAAAACUUCUUCGGCAAGCAUGAGGAAGAUAGUGGCCGUUUGGCAGCGCUCUCCGAGAAUGUACGUACAAAGGUGGAGGGCUUGCGUCUUGGUACAUAAAGUACUGUUUUUUACCUGCUUCUGUUGGGGCUUUAGCUUUACAACCAGUACUAGACCCUGGGUCGACCACAUGAAAUUACCCGCACGUGAAAAAAGAGGCCUGUCGGGUUCUUACAGGAAAGAUAAGGAUUGGAAUAUUCAACUCGACAUUUGCAACAACGAUUCGUUUCAUUUCAGACGAGGAGCGUGUUGUAGUUGUGUACAGAAAACGAAAAGCCGCAUAACAAUAAACUAACACCUUGUAGUUUUUUGUUCUAGAGGACCUGAUUUAUUUUACAUUUACAGAGCAACAGCGACUUGGUCAAGAAGCUGAACAAGCGGAGAAGGACCGGUUGCGACGAGGUAAGCACGCAUGUCUACAACUACACUUGAUGUUUUUGUUUACAACGCUGGAAGGACGUAGUUCAUCGUGGCUGUUGUAUCGACCACACUGAUGAAGGCCUUUUUCAUAUUCUUUUGCCAGCCCGUGCUUUCAACUACCUCAAGGUCUGGAUACAAGAUUUUUUUUACGCCGAUUUUCGUGUGCAUGCUCCUCGAACGCGCAUCGUUGGUCUUCUUCGAUCAGCAGAGCCGAGCUAAAGCACGGUACAAGAAACUAAGUACAUUGAAAUAAAACAGAACGCGAAGAGGAAGAGCGAAAGCAGCGGGAGGAGCAGGAGGCGGCCCGGCGGAAGGCGUUGGAAGAAAAACAAAGAGAAGAGGCCGACGAGAAGGAAAGGAGAAGACUUCAAGCAGGUACUUACAUCAGUCUGGCUUAAUACGUUUAUCAGUCUUGUUGAGCUGUGUCGACGAUGCUGAAGGCAAUUUUGAUACUAUUUCAGCCCGUGCCCUAUCAAGAUCUAGAUAGAAGAUUUUUCCAUACGAGAAAUGUUGUAUGCUGCUGCUGGCGCUCCUGUAGUCAUGGUGCGGCCGAGCUAAAGGAGUGGAAAAACUACAUUGAAAAACAGAACGCCAAGAACAACAGAAGCGAGUAGAGGACGAGGAGGCCCGGAGGGCGGUGGAAGAACAAAAAAGACGACAGACAGAGGAAGAAAGGACAAGACGAGAAGCAGGUAAUUACUUCAGUUCUACUUACGUUUAUCAGUCUUUUCCUGUAUCGACGAUGCUGAAGGCCAUUUUGAUACUAUUCCAGCCCAUGCCCUAUCAAGAUCUAGAUAGAAGAUUUUUCCAUACGAGAAAUGUUGUACGCUGCUGCUGGCGCUCCUGCCCCCAUGGUGCGGAGAGGGGGGCCCGGCUGCAGAAAACUAUUUGUCUCAUGCAAUUAGGGUUUAGGGAUUUUUGCUGCGCCCUUGUUUAUUUCUUCGUAAAAUUCGGGCAAUACAAAUGCCAUUCUGCAUGGGAAGGAGGCGUCGCCAUAGUGGUCUCUGCAUGACAGAGUGUUUGGUGGCGCGACUUUGGCAACACAAUUUUUUUUUUUGUUCUGCUAUUGAGAGGGCGGAUUCUUGUAAAUUCGAUUUUGCGAGUAGAAUUAUCAAUCGCAAAUAUGUCUGGGUCUUCUGGAAGGGGAGCGCAACGUUUGUCAUGCUUCGCUAGCAUGACAGUCAAAUCUGUCAUAAACGUUACCCCAAAGCCCCAUUCAUGUACCGCGCAGAAAGGACGCAGUUUGCAAUGCAGAUUAUGCAACACGUACAACUACAACUCAAAAACUUAUCAUGCUUGUCCUCGUCAUGAUUGUCCGACCCGCAUCACAAGUUUGCAGACCCAGACACAUUUGCGUUUGAUAGAGAAUAAUCACGGGAAAGAAACGGAAAGUAUCACUGAGUAUUAAUAGAAGCGUUUUGAAGUAGAAGAUGUAAAGCACCCGGACGAAUUCUCGCCGCUGUGCUGAGUCGCCGCGUGCCAGAUAUACUAUUUUCAUCCAGCAAGAUGAAACAAUAAAUGCUAAUCAGGCGAACGUUGGGAGGCAGACAUGAACAAUCUGGAAAGGCAGUACAUCGAAACGAGGAAUGCCUUUGAACGGACGCUUGAACAGCAACUUCCAACGCAGAUCGCUGCCCUCAGUGCCGGCGACAGGCUCGGCGAAGAGGGCGCUGCAGCAAACCUGUUCACGAGGCUCGCUGACUCCACGAAACUAGCGGAAUUGUCAGCCAACGUGCAAAGACGGGGGGAUUUGAUAAAACAAGUUCCCGAGAAGCAAAACGGCCCGACGAGUGUGCAAGACCCUUCCGCCAGGGCGGGGGAGACGCAUGUUGCGAUAUCCUGAUUAAAAAUGCCCUCACCCCCGAGUUGUCAUCUGAGAUUUGCACCAUCUACAAGUAGAGCAUCUAUAACGCACGUCCUCCCAAGAGGAGUUUCCAGUCGUGUUUUGGUAUUUGUAAUGCUGUCAAUAGGAUAAAAACAAAUCCAAAUGCAAAUGGCUUUGUGAUGCGGCUGUCCCUGCUAGGCUGCAGUGUCCUACAGACGAAAAUUUGUUUUGCGUGACUGCCAAACCCUCUGGAUUUGCAUUUGUAAUGCGGAGCUCCUAGCUUGACUAUGGGUAUGGGGUGGAGACGUUUUUACUUAGGAUACACGAUGUAUACACGGCACGCUUCUGAAGUCACCGACCUACAGGCCGGCUGGGUCGAACAGAUCCAGAGGAAGCUCAAUGAAGCAGGUACGGCAACCUACUCAGAAUGAGUUGUUUCGUCCUGCAUCUGUGCUACUACUGCAUGUAGUUGUCGCGUCCCUUCGUCCAUGCAACUGGUCACCUGUAUGAUUGCGCGCAUGUCGUGCAAGGUACACGCAAAACGAGAAAUUAUAGAAUGCCCCCGCGACCCCGACCCCGACCUCCAUGAAAAUGGCAACAGUUGUAGUGAGUGGAACUUCUGAGCGUCGCAUGCAGCGCCAGAAGUAUCCUCAGUGAAAACGCCCCGAGGUGCCACUUCGCAGCACACAAAUCAAUCAACUUUUUGUUUGAAUCCGUGUAAGAGAAAGAGAAGGCACAAAUAUUACUUAAAAUAAACAGAGCAAGCACGUGUAGCCCGAGCAGAGGAGGAGCGGCGACUCAAGGAGGCAGAAGAACAGAACAACCAAAAAGGUAAUUUUGUUUGUUUGAUUGUUUGUUUGAAAUUUGUAUUUGUGUGCGCAAAAAGUUUAUUAAUUUUGUGAGCACAAGGAUGGUUUUGCCGGCGCUCGUGUGCGCCUUAUUGCGUCGGGGUCACACAAUUAAGUAGGCGAGCGCCUGCACGUCUUUCUUGUCCCAGGGUGGACGGACCAGUAGCACUUUACAUAGCCCACUGGUGCCCCUGCCGCGCAGAGCAGGCGCAGGGCAGAGUGCCGGUGUAUGAUUGUGAUUACGCAGCCCUGCAGCGCCAGCCGCGUAUGCGGAAGAAAAAAGAAGAGGAGAAACAAAGCUCUUCUAGCUGGCUUUGGACGGCCUCUUGGAUGAUAGGGGGAGCACGUACAUUUCCAUAACUGACAGAAGUUACACAAUGCUGUCUGUGACCCUCCUACUACAAGAUGACGAGCGUGCUGAGAAGUAGCGCUCCCCCCCAACUACUGUCGGAGAGUAACAUAAAAAAGGCAAGGUCUACUAUGCACAGGCAACACAACAUCAAGAGCGAACUUGGAAGCCCGCUGUCGUAGUGGUGUUGCGAGGCAUUCUUCAUCUGAAGAUGAUGAAGCAAAAAGAAGCGGCCCUGCUGUGAUAGGCCGUCUUCACGCGCUAGAUUUACUAUUUUUUCAUCAACAUUUUUUUCACCUUCAGUUCUUGAAAAACACUAUUCAGAAAUCUGCAAUGGAAACGUGGUCAAGCUCGAACACGCGUACAUCGACACAAGGAAGGAGUUUGAAGGGCGGCUCGGCGGAGCAAUCGGCGGUAUCAACGCGGACUCGCCGUCGCUCGGGAGCACUGCGGAGGCUUUUCUUUCCUCCCUUAAGCCGGAUGAAACACUGCAACGAUUGCGUGAAAACCUUAACGAACGGAGGCAGUUGCUAUCAGACGCGAUAGGCGCCGCGGUGGCGGGCGUGUCGUCAACGGUGUCAGACCCUGCGUUUGUCCCGAAGACUACGCCAACCCGUUCGACCACCUUCAUGGGCGGUUGGUUGGGCAUGGGCGGCACGCAGUCUCCGGGGGCGGCGGGGGAGACGCAUGAUGAGAUGUAUCAGCGGCACAGCGUAUCCUGAGCAAAAACGUCCCCACUUCAGCCUUGCCAUGCGAAUUCGUAUGCCUAGGAUGUUUCUUAUGUGGCUCUCCAGGAGAAGCAGUCUAUCUCUGUUUCUGUGCUUGUAGGUGUCUUUGGCAAUCUGUGAUGCGCUACCCCGGAGCCGGACAAUAGAAGAGAUCUGUGAUGCAUCUGGACCGUGGAGCUAGGCACAGCUACACUGUAUAGCCAAACCUGUCCUCAUGUGUAAUGUAUCAUGUGUGAGUGCCAAAUAAAAUUUUGGACUUGUCUGGCAGAAUUCCCUCCUCGCCUCUGGCGUGGGGACGUUUUUACUGAGGAUACAACGCGGAAGUUGACCGCCUAGAAACCGCCUGGCUCGGGCAGGUCCGGAAGAAGUUGGAUGAAGGUACGGUAGGACCGAGAAUGAGUUUAUUUCGUAUCGUCUUUGAUGUUAGUACUGCGUGUAGUCUAUUUCUGUGUGUGCUACAACUGUUCAUGUUGUUUGUUUGUGCAAAUCGCCCUCUCCGCUUGUUGCAGAUGCGACCAAUGUCAUUGGUGCAGAUGCGACCAAUAUCAAGUGCAAAUGUGUCUCCUGGGUCUGGAGGAUUCAGGGAGCUUGGUUGGUUGGUAGGUUGAAUAGCGCCUGUCGGCGGUGCAGGUCCCGCGGUCUUUCGAUCGCGAUCCGGAGUUUGUCAUGCAGAUUUUACAUGACCCGCGCCCGCGAUCUCAGUCAUGCACACUCUAGCUGCGUCACAGGCUUCGCGAAGGCUUGCCCACGCCUAUCCUGCAUGGGAUGUGCCCUCUUGGGGUGGCAAAAAUUUGCGUAGCUCUAUACUGCUCAUGCAAUCCAAUACAGCUACAGGUUUUUGCAUGAUCGAAAGGAAGGAAAAGGAUCACAGAUUCCGCAUUCUCUUUCUCCCCAGACCCAGACAUAUGAAUUUGUAUAUGCGCAUAGCCAAAAACUAGAAGGUGAAGGACGCUUGCGUGACCAUAUUGAUAACAUCAGAUACAGUUAUGCAAUUUCUGUGUACGUCGUAAAAAUUAUGCGUGCAUACACUUGUGCGGAAAACUAAAAUACAGCACCAGAUCAUACAAGAUGGCGUGACUGUUUUCCCUGUCACAUUGUACUAGGUGCCCAUGAACUUGAAGACAAGGCUUUGAUAUUUUCAACGAGAGCAUAUAAAUUUGUAUUUGUCAUCUUGCUACACACGAACACUGUGCUAGAGGGAUUGGUUUUAUUGGAUCUCGCCCACCAAGCACACAUGUUGGUUUUCUUGGAAAUUUCCGCGAUGGAAAAAAAAAAUACAGCCAAGGCCACGUUGGAGGAGGCGCAGUUGAAUCAAGCCAGCGCCGCGAUUACGACUUCUGAACAGCAGUAUAUCGGACGAAGGGAUCGAUUUCAGGAGGAACUUACGCAACUUCUACGGGACGUUCGCGACGAACGCUCGGAAAAUUUCGUUUACCAACAGACUGAUGCCGUGUUGGCGGAGUUGCAAGGAAACGUUAAUUUCCGGCACACACUGCUUUAUGACGAAAAUGGAGCACCGCUCUCGGAGGUGGGUAGCCUACAAACGACAGUAAAGGAUCCGCAAAGGACUACACAUGAUGCCCUGUAUCGCUUUCACCAUACGCAAGUGUACCAAACGGAUGCGGGCGGGUUACGGGAACAGUGGAGGAGUUCGAUCGCUGCUAAGUUGGCCGGUAUUAACUAGGCACCUUGGACGAGGAAAUAUAUAUAAACGCGCCUCGAUCUUCGAAGAGCGCUCGCGUUCCUUCUUCAGGGCUGCUCUUUGCUCGUUUUUCUUUUUUUCUUCUUGCAUGUCGAAUGAACAAGAACAGCAGGUAAAUGUAAGAACAAACCAAAGGAAGCAAUUUGCACACGAAAGCGCGCAUGCAUGGGCCCUACAUACACUAACAAUUUUGUUUUUCCUGCAUAAAGCUAGCUCGGCGACGGGUUACAGUCAGUCCUCUCUUGGUAGAAGAACAAGAAACGAAAGUCACCUUCCUCAAUCACAACAACACUCAGAACUCGAGUUACCGCACAGAAAAAUCGUUGCACCACCGUGGAUCUGCACGCGCGGCGGGGAAAAAGAACGAGUGAAAGGCAGUUCCUGGCUGCACUUCGGACGGCGCGGGAGAGGAGUUGUUCUUUCUGGAACUGUGCAAUAAGACAUCAUAAGUACAUGCCUUUAUGUGUCCUUGCCAUUUUUUUUUCCCCGCGUCAAUCCUUCCGGGUGGCUCCUUUUGCAUUGUAGGGCGUAGCAGUUGGAGUUAUUCCAUUUUUACAUUUUCAUUGCACGUCGAGACGCCGGGCGUUUUUGUACAUCACUUGUUGUUUCAGCAUGAGAGAACAAGGAUUUGUCAUGCUCCCGCCGCAAAAUGUGCAGUUGGCGCCACGGUGACGCGGCUUGUUUUUUGUGUGAUAACAGAACCAGCAACGAGCGGAACAAGCCCAAAGAGCUCAAGAGCAAACCAGGGAAGCUGCAGGCGGUAUUUUCAAACCACUGCUGUUUUUUCAUUUUGAUUUUAGUGUCUCCAUGCGCAGCACCCGUUCUCGUACUCGUACUGCGGGACCACGCGGCUACGGGGGGGACCCCCCCCAUCCGUUCUCGUACUGCGAGUUUUGUUGCAUUUUUGAGGCCAACUUCUUACGCCAACGUAUUGUAAAGUAUAUUGAUCAACGUAAGCCUCUGGGUCUGAUACGAGAGCCUGACCAAAAUCAAAGCGCGACGACAUUCGUAUUUUUUUAUUCUCCUAACUGUUGCACCUCUUCUAAGUAUUGAAAUCGCAGGACUAGAGGUAAAAAUAAACAGCGCGAGGAUUUGUUACAGGACACAUCAGCUAGGAGAAAAUUAUUGUAACGCGCGACGUCAUCAAGUACAAGUUAUGAGUAAGCAUUAUUUCGUGGACGCGGCAUAAUAUUGUGCAGCCUAUGUCACAUCGAUGUACGGUUGCGCUUUGUUUUCAGGGUUUGCGCGAAGUCUGUCCGCUUCCGGAUCUCUCCCGCAAUCUAGGGCGCUUUUUUCCGCGCAGACAAGAAUAUGUGGCAUGUUUGCGAAAACCGAAAAGCCCCACUGUAAUUAUAAUUGGAUACUUUCGAUAUCGACAGGCUGGGCAAAAAAGCCCGGCCUCCGGGAAGCCCAGCACGCGAAUAAGUAGCUCAAAAGGGGUCCGCAGAGCCCAAAAGCGCACGCCCUCCGGGCGUCAUGGUAUGCGUGUAGCGGGUGCGCUUGGGCCCAAAUAGCUCUACAGUACCCUCCGCAGGCCGAAGGUUGCCUCGUUUCCGAAUUUUAGGACACUAAUGGGAAAGGUCGGCUGUUCGAGGCCGAGGAACCUCGCUCUGGUGGGGCCCCGAAAAAAAUGCCGUGCCCGCGGGAUGCGUGACGUGUUGAAAAUGGGCCUACCUGAUGAAACCGACAAUGAAAAAACGUUGCGCGCGAGAAAUCCGGGCGAAGCCCGGCAGACCUAACCUCGGACCCCGCUGCUCGAGGUCUGGGCACGACCUGCUCGCACUACUGCGGACAGCGGAUAAGUCGCGGUCCUGGAGGACUUGGCUGCAUCGGCAUGCAGGGGCGCAGCUUCAUCGCCGACGACAGUCCUUUUCGUUGUGCUGGGUGUCCUCGUUCCUGUAGUUGGAUUUAGAGAAGGCGCGUUCCUCGUGAAAGGCGCCCGGGUAGAAGAAAUGCCGCAGUGCAAGAAGGGCACAGCGUCCAUUCAUAUGGGCGUUUCUAAGAAGGGGUUAGAGAAGUAGCAGUCUGUUUGGUGUGAGCCAGAAAAUUUGUCUCGCUCCCUCAAUUGCUAGCUUGACUGCCAAUUUUUCGGACAAUACUCAGGCCUGAUAGCAAGCAGCAUCACACCCUUGGAGGAAGCAUAUGUUAGAGAGAGGGACGGGUUUGAGGGCCGCAUCAACGGCCCGGGGGACGAGGCCACGUUUGCGGCGUUGCUGGAGGACGUUCAAGCUGUGCUGGAUUCCUUGGAGCAUAAUGUAAGGGAGCGCGAAAACUUGCUUUCCGAGGACGGCGACGUCGCCAAGUUUGUCAAAAGUACCACUACGAAGACGGUCGACAAAAAUGGGCCGAGGCGAAUGUUGGCGGCGGUCGCGGAAACCCAUGGCGCAAUGCUUCUGAGGCAUAAAAGUGAGGCCACGGAAAUCGGUGCCAAUUGGCAGGAAGCCAUCCAGAAGAAGCUGGACGGUAAAGGCGCUUACAAUAAAUAACGUGCGUGCCUUGUUCUGCUCAUCUGCCGCGCCAAGUGACCUGGUCUAAGUCUCAGCUGAACUUUGGCGCUUUGCCGCCUAUGAGAGUGCGCAGCCCCCCCUUCUCCCUCUUUUCCCAUGCAAAGAACCGAGUCCGGCAGCCGCAAAUGCAUUGAAGGCACCCUGCGCGUGACAAGGUUCGGCACCUUAAACGAUACGGAAGGCUGCGCGCCUGCUUCCGUUGCUGGCCCUCCUUCCCAAACGAGGAGGAGGCAGGUUUUGCACGCUCAUGCGACCACAGCCGAUCACAUUCAAAAACGGUCGCGCGCGCGCGACUCGGGUGUCCAUAUUGACAUACGCCAGUGAUGCGUUUUGCUCUGGUGGAUCUCACGCCUAGGCGGGGGGGGGGUCGGCGCAGGGCUGAAAAGGCCGCGGUAACAGAGCGCCUUUCCGAGGCCAUAGAGGGUGUCGGUGCUCCAUCUCCCUGGGUACCCCCCGGGCCAGGGCCUUCGCUGCUGAAGAGUGAGGGCGGCGCUUAGUCAAGCUCCGGCGGCGAUAUGUUGCGACAUUAGUUGCCAGCUACUUACGCACAGGAACCAGCUUCAUGAGUCGUUUCACAGCUUGCGCUCUCGUCGCCUAGACAGGGGGACGCGGGGCUGAUGAGCUUGCGCGCGGUAGGGUCGCGUAUCUAUAAGACUCAUGGCACGCAGCAGGAGGAAGUGCAAGACUGCGACAUUUGAAAUUUUCGUGCCGGAUAUUAUGUAUGGGCAUACGCUGCCUCUUUAAAGCUACCUAGCUACCUUUAUUUCUUUUGGCACAUGAUAAUAAUUACGCGGCUUGCAAUGUGUCAAGAGAGUGAAAAUAUUAGGCGCCAGCGGCUGGUCCGCGUUCGAUGCCAACGUCAGGGAUUCGAAGCUUUGCGCGAUGAAAAAAAAAAACAAAAACAGCCGCGGCGACCAAGAAUGACCAUGGUACUCAGCAGUCUUCCUUGAUUCUUUUUGCAGCUAUGGGAGCGCAUGAAAGACUCCAGUGGCGCACAGUUGCUUCUGUGAGCGGCCUCUCGUGCUGCACGACUUGCGUGGUGAGUACGUGAAUCAGUUCGAGUCGCUUGCAUAUGUGAACUAACGCGAUGCAUGUAUAGAAAGCUUCGUACAUCCAUCCACACGUAUGACAUUCCUCAAAUCGAUUUUACUUUGCGAGCCCACCGGUUCGGCCUGUGGCGAAAGACUCGACCGGGGCCGAGACAGCAUCUCGCAACGCGUCAGCUUGCUAGCGUGAUGCGAGGACCUGGCAGGAGGAUGGAGAUUUCGAUAUGUCCUGUGGGAGAACUCUGUUGCCACAGAGUCUGUCCAGCAAGGCGGUAGAAAAUCUCGUUGCGGCGAUGAUCAAAGAGUCUUGAUGCGAGAGGACUUCCGUGUUGGCAACUUUCUCGGACUAGUGCAAAAGUGCCAACUUAUUUUAAUAUCUGGGAUUGCCGCAUAAGUGGGCUAGCACCCGCGUAUUCAUGAUGCCCAACGAGCAUAAUGGAUGCACAUUCUCAACCCCGUCCAUCUGCGGAUGAGGAGCGCGACAAGGUCGUCCGCUUGUGUAGCACUACGUUUAAACGCUCCAACGCGAACCGCGCGCGCGCCUGCAGAUGAAAAUAUGCGUGACAGCUUUCGCUGCCUGUCACCGCCCUCCGCAAGAACAGCUGAAAUAAAAAUCGGAGUACAUGAAAUAGAGAUCUGAAGCAAACAGAGUAGAGAGGGACUCACUAUUUGGGUCUUGUAUGAUUUUCAUUUCGCAAUCGCAACGGCGACCGUCCACGGUCACAUUUUCGUGUCCAGAAAGCAACGGCUUUGCGCGGACGGCUGCUGCUGCGGAUGAUAUUCGGCACGAGGCAUAAGUGACUUCUCUGCGGUGCCGUUAACUUCGGGAAAAAGUCUUUGAGCCUUGCCUUUGCAUUUAGGUUCAGGGCCGGCGCUUCAUCAGUGACGGCAGCUGUAGCUACUUUCGUUCUACUGCGAACUGUCCGGGUUUUUGGAAAAUUAAUCUGCCUUGCAGCAAAAAGAAACUGCUGGGUAGGACACAGGCUUCUAUAUCUAUUCGAGUGUGCCCAUAUUUUCAACUGGUGCCUUUGAGCCACUUGAGAAGCGCCUUACUACUCGUCUGAGCUAAGAAAUUAGCUGUACUCGGCCACGUUCUGGAUUUGCUACCUUUCAAACAAUCUUCAGAAUUGGAAAAUCAAGUUCGGGCGUCUGAAGGCGAGUACGACACGAUAAAAAAGAGUUUUGAGCAGGAGAUUCAAAACGGGUCGGAUCCUGGUAUGGUCGAAGGGUUGUUCCAGAAAGCUGGCGACAAAAUAAACGAAUUGGGCCUGAACUGGCAACGGAGGAACAGCCUGCUCAUGACCCCCGAUGUAGGGGCGCGCGUGGCUACGAAGAAUGCAUCGGGGGGGCGGAGGCAUGGGGAAUUGCUACAGCAUCACAGUACGGAAUUGCAAACGUUGGGGACAGCGUGGUACGGUCUGAUCGAGCAGAGGAAGGCCGGUAAGACAUCUAAAGUUGGUAGCUAGUUGGGUGGGGUUUUCUUCUUCAUCUACUUUCGUCUUAUUUCCCGUCUUUAAUGCGCGAACUAUUACUAUUGCCCUCGUCCGCUCUGUUGCUGUUUGCAGGUCCGACAGCAGACGACCGAUGCAAGAAUAUACUUAGAUAUUAAGCACGCUGGAUCGUGUAGCGGUUCCAGCCCGUACUUCUUUUUUCUAUUUUUAUCCAACCAAGAAAAAAAAGUUUCUUUGUAUAUGCAGCCCUUUUUUAUUCGAGGAACAGCGUCCGUCACAAAUAUGUAUAAUAUGACAGCGAAAAAGAAGUGUCAUGCAGCACAGAGAGUACGCCUACGCGAAAAGGAAAACCCGCAUGCGUUGGCCCUACAACCAUACCUGACCAGCAUCUUCCAUUUUGCGCAUCAGGAAGUUUUUUUUUUUCUUGCGUAACGAGUUAAACUCGUUCUCUCGCUCGACUACAAACGAAACUGCAACUCCUCAAUCAAAACAACACUCAGAACUCGAGUUACCGCACAGAAAAACCGUUGCAUCACCGUGGGUUUGUGCGCGCUAUGGGAAAAAAGAACGCCCGAAAGCCGGUUGUUCGUGGUCACUUUUGUUCGGUGGGGCGUGGAAAAGGUCUUGCUUUAUCUGGAAUUGUGCGAAGGAGCAUAGUACUAUGCAUUGCAAGUACGUAGGCUGGGUCUGGAAUGUGGAUGCAAACUUGUCAUGCGCAUUUCAGAUCACGGGAAAAUCUGUCAUGCAUGGACAGGAAAAGAAGAUGCCCACUUCUGGUUCCCGAAAGGGAUGAUUUGUCAUGGGAAUGGGGCAUUGAGAAAUCAUCUGAAAACCUGUGAAGAUGCUUGGGGUUGCAUGGCAGACCUUCUACUGGGAUGUCACAAAAAAAACACCAAGACAAACACCUGCACACAUCCAGAUUCAGACAUACUUGCUUUGGAUACCUACAUUUUCAUAUGAGUCCUCGCCAUUCGCCCCUGCCGCUCCGGCUAGAUAUGCUGUACUUGGUUGACGCUGGCUUCAGCAUUUGGAAUUUGCAUUGGAAUGCGUAGAAAGCAGUCAUUUCAGGUGUUUGUUCAUCGCAUGUCGAGACGGCGGGAGUUUUCGUAGACCCCUUCGUUUUUCACCAUGGGAGGGAUGUUUGUUAUGUGGCUGACACAAAAACAAAAUUUGAAGUAGGCGCCACGGUGGUGCGGUUUUCUGUGUGAUGUCAGAGCGAGCAAGAAGCGGCGCGGGCCAAGGAGGACGCCAAGACCGAGGCAAAAGGUACUUAUUUAUACGAAGUACUGGGCGUUCUUAGUAUUUUGCUGUCUCCAUGUGCAUAUUAAGCACGGGACCGCAUUGUGUCACGCGUUCGCUAGUGUCUAGCCCAUUUGUUUUUCCCGCAGUGUAUCGUCUAUGCUUCUAUGUAGUGAGCUCACGAGCGUUCGUCGGCCGCGACUAUUAUUCUUGGCAGCUGCCAUCUGGUUUUAUGCACUAUGCCGUUGCCAUGACAAACCAAAUUUUAUUUGCUUCGAGACGUGGCAGCCUCAAUUUUCGUUUUUCGGAUUUCUUUGUUUUGUCACAGAUCUCCUGGGGAUGUCACUUCCCGGCGCGCCUCUUUUCUCACCGUAAAAACAGACUUCUGAAAAAUAAAUCAGAGAGAAUGCGGCACCUCCACACAGCCUACAAGGCGCUUCUUACCAACCUGGAUGCGGGCAGAAAAUCUGUGGCGAGUUGUGUUGACGAGGGUUCCCUCGCUCAGCUGGAGAGCCAGCUCGUGGACUUGCUUGGAAAUCUAGGCGACAACGUGCGCACCCGGGAAGCAGAUCUCUCGACCAACGCAGAUGCAUUCAGUCAGGACACGAGCUUUUGGGGGAUGGGUACUCUUGCUAGCGCAUGGGGAGGAGAUGUAUUUGGCGGAGACAAACCCUUAGUGUACAAGGACAAGGUCGAUUUCCAAAGAUUGAAGCCACAGGUGGAAAAGGAGAUCCGCGACAGACGCACAGGUAAGGAACUUAAAAAAUGCAUUUGGGAAAGACUGGGACAGGGCCGAAGCUUCGGCACCUCACUCUUCCGCCCGUGGGCGUUGUGCGUAAAGAGAAAUUUUUGGUCGUGCCAUUGCUAACUUGGAUUCGAUUGCCUUGUGAGUUAUAAUUUCAUUUUUUUAUUCGCGGAAAAACCCUCAGUGGCGAGGUUAGACCGCAUGCAAAAAGCAUGAGCGCGCGAUGUUUUUCAGUUUUUGUGCUAUUGGCGUAAAUUUCAAUUCUACCCACUCGCGGGCGUCGCGAUGCAGCUGGGCAUCCGGUUUCGCGGAAGCCUCGCAGCUGACGCCCUGCACCCAAGAAGCACUGUUUGCAAACGUGCUUAAUGUGCCAGGCACAAGCCUCGGGAAGAAUCUGCGGCGUUCUUAGCUGUCGCGCUUGCAGUCGCGCCCCCACAUUCAGUGUCCGCGCUAUUUCUUUUUCGCUGCGGCCUUGAUGAAACGCGCCCCUGCGGUGGAUUAGGGAGGCUGUCAGGCAUGUGGAAAAGUGGCUGCACAGAUAUGCUCGCGAAGGAAUUCUGAAAGCAUUACGCGCACAGGUAAGUAUGUCUAUGUUCGGGACCGCAACUACUCAGCGCGAAUGGCACGUAUUGUUUUGAUAUCCUUAUAGCGCGUUGCGUCCUAUCACCGACGUCUAGUUUCUGUGGGUUGCUGCCCUUCUCCUUGUCAGGGCCAAAAAUAGAAAAACUGGACUUCCGCAAUUACCAAAACACUCAGCAAUCCAGCUACCGCACCGAAAAGCCGUAUCACUGUGUUGCUGUGGGUAAUAUCUGUAGCGGGUAGAAAAUGUAAAGAAGGGACAGCAGAAGUACAGCUCGCAGGCGAGAGGCGUUCGCCCUCCUGCCUCGCCGAACUGCUGUGCGCGGUUUUCGACUUUUUUGCUUUGCCAUUUAUAUGUGUGGCAGUGAUCUUGGCCUUCAUCUUGGUGGAAGUUGCCUCAUGAAGAGGUACGUGACGCUUAGCUACAGAUAAGGCUUGGCCGCACAGCGCUACAGUGACGCGGCUUUUUCGUCUCACAACAGACGGCGGACGGGCGCAGAGGUAAGUAGCCACCAUAUUUGUUUGAUUUUUUUUGUGCCAGCGAAUUUUAAAUAUAGGCCAAAGAACAAAUAGAAAUGCAGUGCGUUUCUAUUUCUGUAUUCGUAAUUGUAUUUUUAUUUCGAUCUCAGUUCGAAUUCGAACCUGCAGCUGCAGCUGUACACACAAUAGUCGGCCCAUAGAAUCUAUACAAAAGCUGGGACGACGGUGUGAAGGCCUGCACAACAUGCGUAGAGUUUUUCUUAGGACAUCGAGACACACAGCCUGCCUGUUGAUUUCCAUCUUCAUUAUCUCUGCAGAUGAAGUUGCGACUUUUGUAUUCAUGGUUUGGAAAUUUAUUAAAAGCUGGAAACUAUGAAUGGUUUGGAGACCACAAUACGGAGCGCACCGGAAGCGCGGACGUUCAUUCUUGGAGCCUCAACCCGAAUAUGCGGGAGGUCGCCCCCACGCUCGGAGUCUGUAGCCCAGGGCAGACGUCUCUGCUCGGGAUGGAACGUUCAGGACAGACACGGGAAAAACAAAUGAAACAUAUCAGGCCAGAUGAGAGAACUCGGGGGAGAGUAUGCUACUCGGCAGCAGCAACUGGAGGCAUGGGGGAGCACCGUGCAGAUACCUGCGGAAAAACGUCCCCGCCCCAGAGUCAAGAUGAGGACUCUCGCUGUUGCGCGUGAGAAUUUUCUUGCGCCCAUAGUGUGAUCUUUUUUGUUUUUUGCCUAGUGCAGCCGCGUCACAAAUCGGUCCUCUUCCUCCUGAUUCUAGCAUGACAAAUCCCAAAUCGCGACUAGACGACAUUUCGCAUGUUGAGGGAGGCUGCGCAAGAGAAACUUUUUAAGCGUGCUGGUUGGCAUGACGAAUCUGGGGUGGGGGUGUUUGUCCUCAGGAUAGUAGAAUCCUGACAGCGAGUUGAACCAUGCCACCGACGCCGAACAAUGGCGCACGAACUUACUGUGAGGAAAAGCGCCUCCUUCGCAUAUUCAGCCGUAGACUUGCAUGAUGCCGGAUUCGCGAACGCCACUCCGUCGAGUUUUAUUGCGCAGAGGCACAGGGGCACGCUUGCGAUCUAGUUUGCAGGCGAUUUGUCAUGGUAAUGCCGUUGCUGCCUGCUGUCAUGCUGAACACGCCACGCGAGCGCUUCUUUAUGCCAGGCAGCACUACGGUCCGCAUUACUUCUACCCCUGUGAGGACAUGACAACCGGACUGAGGAUAGCAAAUCAUGCUACGCCACCAGUCUUCGCUUGAGUAUCAGCUGGGGGCUUUUUUUCAUUUUUAUACGAGGCCGACACGCAGUUCGUGAUCCCUUUGGACAAUGCAGUCGGGCGAGGGGAAGGCGUUCUUUCGCAGAUAUGCAUUGCAAAUAUGUCUGGGUCUGGAAGAGUGAAAGCCUGUGAUGCUGCCUUUGGAUUCAGAAAAAAUCUGUGGUGCAUGAGGAGCAGGAGAGGUCCAGUUGUUGCUCCGCGGAGAGGGCAUUUCCCAUGCGGAGUAGGCAUCAAAAAGCCCGCAAAAAAUCUGUGAUGCUAGGGCAUGCAUCACGGACAAGACAUCGCGAGCUAUUCAAAAUAUGCAUGACAGACCUUGCAUCCUUCCAGACCCAGACAUAUUUGCACUUGAUAGAAGAUUGCCAGAGACAAUAAAGCAGUGCAAGGGCUCCUCAUGUUAGAGGCCGAUCAAUUUCGCGUCGCUACUCAGACCGCCAAGGAAUCUGCCAAGAAAUGGAGAGAAUUCCUUGGGGAUCUGGCCGCGAAUAGACAAGGCGGUAAGGAGUGUAGUAUUUUUAACAAACUGCAGCGUUGUUUUAUAUGUAUCUCGAGAAAGAGCAAGAUAGGCGGAAUGAAUAUGAAUCACGGACGUCAGCUGUCCCGUUCGCCUUGUUCCUCUGCCCCGCUCUGUUUGUCUCAGCCGGAGAGCGACUCGGCGAGGUUUUAAAAUUAAAAAGGGAACGAGGGUCCGAUCUUACUAGCCAUCCAAAAAGAUGUUGAUCCUCUUGUUGCGGACGGCACGCUUGUAGCGCACCCGUUUCGCGGGGCGGCCUGUCUUCUUGCAAUGCACACUGACAACAACAAGGCAGGGUGUUGUUCGUGGCGAAGCCUCCUCUUAUCGUAUUGAAAAGGGCCAGGGCCCGCACCCCAGAAUGUGGACGUGUUUGGGCUGCAAAAGUUCCCAAUGGAAGCAUUUGCCACUUUGCAUCUAUCAGCAUGACAAGUUUGCAAACCAGAAUAGCUGAUGAAGGAGAAGGCUGAGUUGGACAUGGACAGCGCCAUAGUGUCUGUCCUAUCGAAAAAGCAUGUCUGGCUCAGAUUCCGAAACAAAAUGCCUCGCAUUUUCCUUUUCAUGCAAUUAUACAAAGACUUGUUUCAUCAUCAUCUUCCGUGUGGAAAGUUUUAGUUUACAAGACAAACAGUCUGGGUUUCUGGUGGUGUGCUGGGAUGUUUCGUUUUCAUAGCUCUUUAGCGUGUUGGUUUCCAACCUGCUCUCGCCCUGGUGGAGUCGGCUGUCUUGCUCUUCGCAUAGGAAACAAAGUAUCACAUGCAAAUAUAAUGUGUGGGUCUGCCUGGGAGAGUGCAAUGAAGGUUGUCAUGCGCAUUCUGCAUGACCACCGGUUUUUGAUUUUGUCAUGUAUGCCCUGGAAAAAUAAAGGGGAUGCUGAAGCUGAAUGCCUAUAUUCUUGAAUGACAACGAAUUGAUUCGCAAAAACUGGAGCUGGGCCGCAUAUAUUGCUCAUGCAAGACAGUAUUUUGUAGUAUGACUAUCCAGAGAUGACAGCAUCAUUCCAGACCGAACACCAGACGUAUUACUAUAUUUAUAUAAGGCAAACUUUGGGGCCGGAGAGGGUCCGGUAGAGGUUGGGGAGAGGUUUCGUAGAGGUCAGACAGAGGGUCGGAGAGGUAAAAUAGAGGGUCGGCCAGAGCAAGAGGGUCGGGGAGAGGUCAGGCGAGGGGGUACGGAGAGGGUGGGGAGAGGGUGCGCCGUAUAUGGACCCGUAUAGCGGCGCUAUACGCGCGCAGAGGGUGGGUAGAGGUUGAGUAGAGGUCAAGUAGAGGGUGGGGGGAGAGGGUGCAGAGGGUCGGAGAGGUUCCACAAUAUAGGGCGACCCUCUAUGUGACCCUCUACCGCGACCCUCUCCGGGCGCCUCUAUUUUACCUCUCGAAGGACCCUCUCGGGACCUCUCCGACCCUCUCCCGGGCCCUCUCCGGGACCCUCUCUGAACCUCUCCCGGACCCUCUCCGAACCUCUCCCAGACCCUCUCGCGGACCCUCUCCCGGAACAUCUACCAGAACCGCUCCCGCAAUGCAGUUGGUUCGCCCGCCUGCGCGCAAUACCUGGAUCUUUAGGCAAGAACGAAACUAGGGCCUAGCGGUGAAUGUCGGCAAGUCUUUUCACUCUAGACCAGGGCGUUUGUUCAAAGUGAAUGCGCCGCUCUGCGUCCCCCUGGGGGGGCGCGGCGCCACGCCUUAACGUACGCGGCCACCUAGGGUGGCCGCAACUUCACACAGCGCCCGCGCGCGGGCAACAGGUGCGGCGCCUUUGUAGCGCAAUGAAAUUGGUUGCAAUGAAUAGUAUGACUAUCCAGAGAUGACAGCAUCAUUCCAGACCGAACACCAGACGUAUUUGCAUUUGAUAGAAACCUCGGCCGGGGUCACAGUUCACAGGACCAAAAGCCUUGAGAAGUGAGGGAAGAACGGCCGUUCGGCGAGAGUCUUUCCACCUCCUUUCACCCGGCACUGUAUCCUCUGCAAAUAAAGCGUCCGGAUCGGGAAAUCUGCUACGCAAUAGAUUACGCGGCGCUUUUUCUGUGCGUGACACGUUUGGGUGCGGUGUAUUCGUGGCUGGGUAGAAGUGCAGUUGCACGACAGGUCGAUCUUCGGAUCUUGAUAUAGAGCAUGACAAGUUUGUUGACUUAGAAAAUGCUCCUCAUGUUCUCGGAGCUGCCCAUGACAGAGAUUCGCAUUCUGGGCAUGGAAAAUUAAAAUCUUGCGCGACAAUACUUCGCGUUGGGACGUUUCUAGCAUGCUUAGUGCAUGCUUAGAAGUGCAGUCGCUCGCCCGGUACGGACCCGUCAGAGCCACUGUUUUAAGUAUUUUGCCACGCGCAAAAAAAAGCGGCAACUUGACUUGUCAGGCGCCUAUUUUUAGAUCUUGUCCUCUGGUUUCCGAAGAGACCGCGUGAUAGACCUGGUGAGCACACCGAAGCAAGGAUUAGUUUGAUUUUUACAGUGCGAAUGCAGCGUCUGGGCCGACCCUGCAUAUUUCUCUAUAAAAGAGAAACAACAAAAAGUCUGAUUCCCCAUCAACAAAAAACACACACAGAAAUCGAGUUAUCAACCAAGAAAACCGUACCACUGACAGCCUGUGACAGCUGUAUCGGAAAAAAGGUGUCGUGUAAGUAGGUGUCACCUUAUACGUUACUGUGAAGGAAUAUGUUGUAGAAGUGAGAGCACUCGUCUCGGACGCGAGCCUUUCUCCGGGAUGACAAAUAGAUAUUUUUUUACAGAACUUCGACUUCCUCCUACCCCCGGGAACAGUUUUUUUGUAUCUUGGCUCCGUAGCUCGUAGUAAAGUUUAUUUUACUCGACAAACAUAUAAAGUUGUGCAUCUAGCUUUGUCAUGCGAGGAGUGGCGCCAUCCAGUCCUUUGUAGCUGAAGACCACUGGCGUGCGGAUGGCAGAAAAAGUAAAAGACGAAGUCAAAGACCGUAUUACAGUGGUACGGUUAUUUUUUUGUGUGACAGGAAGCGGCACAACGAGCACGCGCCACAGGUAAGAAAGUACUUAUUCAGCGUUUUGGGUUUGAUGAUUCGAUGUCUUGCGGCUGGUGAUAGAACAGAUUGACUCAAAAGCAAAAGUCGAAAGAGUAGUGGAGUGCUAGUAGUUCUGGUGUUAAUAUUCAGAACACCGGCUGUGCCUGAAUUAUGGACUGGCACUGCGUUUUUGGUGCCGAUUUUUUGCAGGUGGGACAAGCUGCAUCAGUCUUGCUCUUGUCUAUAUGAAAAUAAUAAACAUAAAGACACUAGUACUCCUCAUGGCGCGAAGGCGUUCGCAAAGUAUUGUAUCUGCCGGCGUCCUCUACCUCUUCCUCUCGUUCCGAGACGGGAAUGAAAAAAACAAAAAUACAUCACCAGAACAUUUCCGGGCAGAAAUGGGGCGGCUUAGCGCUGGCACUUCGCAGAUCAUGAAACAGCUGCAGCAAGCUGUCGCGCAACGUGGUGUUGAAGUGAGCAACUGCCAAGACGAAGCGCAGUUGAAAUUCCUCGAGGCAAACCAACGUGACGUCGUGGCUCCCUUGGAAGAAAACAUUCGCGCGCAGAAAGACGUGAUCGAGGAGUAUAAAGACAAGGUCGACGCUCAGGGAACACGUGAUGCAGCACACUACCAGGGUGAAAUUCAAAAGGUCGAACAUCAGGUGGUUGCGAAGGCGAAAGAGCAGCUGGACUCAUUUAUCGCCGAUAGGAGAACAGGUGAGGGAAGUAGAAAAAGAAGCAGUAAAAGAUAACCUGUGAUGAAGUGCCAUGAUUUUAAAAGUCCUACCUCCCCGUAUUGAAAAUGGACAGACAACGCAUUUGGCGUUGCGGAUUUAUGUACAGAAAUAAUGCAGGUACAACUACUUGCACUUGGACAGCAAGAGCAAGGCCAACAGGAACAAGCCUUGGACAGGCUAUUUCUAAUGCGUUUCAACAACAGCCUAUGCCUACAGUUGUGUGAGAAUCUAUGAUGCUGAAGGGCCAGAGGACGAGGACUUCAGGAGACCUGUGCGGGCCUGGUUGGCCUAGAAUGCGCCUCCAUGAUUCCCUUGCCGCAAGACGCACUUAACGCAAAUCAAGCGGGGGCACAAGGCUCUUCUUGAAUCUGGGGAGGGGGCGGGACUCAUUUUUCCUCGCUAUAUGAUAAUGAAGACCAAGAGCAAAAAAUAAGUCACUAGCUUUCUACUUUACGCGGCCUCCGCCCCUGCUAUUGCCUGUCAGAGUGUGCGUGGUGCUCUGGCCACAGGGCACAAAGAAGGGCUUCGGGCCAGCGACGAGUUCCGUCUCAGGUCCGCGAGGUCCGCUGUUUUGGAGCGACGCCGGGUCAGCACGCAGCCGCCCGCGUGACAAAACACGCACUCGCCCGCACUCCCGCCCUGCUCGGCCUUGUGCCGUUUUGUUUCCAACAGCCGCGGAAACGCGCGAGUGAGGACAGCCCGUGUGGCGUCUGUCCCGUGCUGCGAAUGCUUUUUCACCCUAAAAACCAUAUCAGAGUGUACAAAUGCUCUGGUCAGCACGAGUAGCAUCGAUAUGGUCUGUGGCGCAGACCGCGGCUGCGUGGCUGUGGGCCGCCUGCUGCGCCACUCGCAUGGGCGAGCGCGCUGGGCCCUUUGCUCAGUACCGCGUGCCUGGAGCAGGGGUCGAGCCAGCAAUAAAUACCAAUCUGAAGUAGAAAAUCGACUUCCCCAAUCACAAUCGUAAACAGCCAUCAAGUUACCGACCAGAAAAACCGCGUCACUGUGGGCCCGUUCUUGCUAUCGCAUCGGGAAAGUAAGAAGUAGAUGAGGGGAUGAAGGCAUGGUCGUGUCGGUGGGGAAGGAGGACAGGAGGUGUCUAGGGCCAGACGCUGUGCAGGGGGGCCAAGCAGCUCUUUUUCUUUGUUGGGUAUUUAUUUUGUAUGUUGCCAAUACUAGUACCGCGAAGUUUGUCAUGCAGAAGAACGAUCACUGACUUUCAGUUCACCCGAACAAACAAUAUAUAAAGUAAGUAAAGCAAAAGUGGUCGAAGCCGGAACUACAGUGAUGAGGGUUUUUUGGGUGACAAAAGCAGCAGCAAAACGCUGACGCGGAAUGGGCGAAAGCAGUCGAAGCGUCCGAAAUCGAGUAUGAACGGAUCAGGAGCAGAUUGGACCAGGAGCUUGGACCAGGUGCAACUGCGGCUACGCUUCAACGUUUGUUGCAAAAAGAUUACGAAGAAACGAAACGGCAGUUGCACGGCAAUUUGCAGACGCGGUGGCAGUUGCUCACGAAUGACAUAGGAAAGCGCCUGCACGAAAACUCCAGCCUGCGCCCGAAUAGUCUCUAUGGCAGAUCCCCUAAUGUGGGUCAGUCGUUUCAGGCAGUGUAUACAAAGCACAAGACGAGCUUUGAAAAUCUGGACCGCACGACGGGCCAGGAUAUCCAAAACAGGCUAGGUAAGGGACUCGACGAAGCGGCCAAACUUACCGAUGCUAUCGAUGGCAUUACGAACGAACGGAUGAAGCAUUUCAAUCCUUGCAUAGACAUGCGUCAGGCGAUGCCGCUGGCGCAGCGCCAACGCUUGUGUAAAACGGCGAUAGAUCAUAUCGAAAGCGCCGAGAAGUUGGUAAAAGAGAAUCAAGAGAAGGAAAGAAACAAGCCCGCCUCGGCAAUAACCGAAGAGAACCUGACUGCGUGGACAGCUUUCGCCCCAGAUAGAAUGACGGCCACGGGAUCAUGGUAUGGCAAACAAGAAUUAUCGCAGCUGGCCAAGAAUAUGCGCAGAUAUUUCUUGGAUGUCGAUCCGACAAGUGGGCAGAAGGCCUUAGGGGUACUUGCGGUGCGUAAAAAGCAGGCAAACGACGCCCUCCAGGCUGCAGUAGAACAAGACAACGAGCGGCAGCGUCAGCAGCAGGCGGCAGCAGCAGCGUCAGCUGCAGCAGCGGAAGCGCCGCCGCCGCCCCCGCCGCGUCUUUCCCCCACAUCCGGCGGCGGCGGAUACGGGCCACCACCACCACCCGGCGGCGGAUACGGGCAACCACCACCACCCGGCGGUGGUGGUGGUUACCAGGGCUCGAUUUUCGGAGGUAUGCCGAGUCUCCUCGCAGGCCUCGGUACCACACCAGGUCACCCGCCACAACCUGGAGGUCAGCAGCCACAUCUUCCUCCAUCUCAAUCUCCGCCACCACCACGAGAAGUCGCCCAAGACCCACACUACGUCCGCGGAAUGGUUUUUGAGCAAACUGACCUUAACCAGGGUGCGGCGCGUGCCGCACGUACCGAGGCGCCGCUUACGCAUUUCUGGUUGGCGUACGGCAACCUCGCCCUGACCUUGAACCGCACGCGCGUCGUUUUAAUGUACGGGAACCAGAUUUGGUCGGGCCCCUCUCGGCAUCCACCAGCCCCGCUGCUCAGGGACACAGGCACGUACGUCGCGCCCGCCCGAUAUGCCUGUGAAAGCAUUUUCGUUCUGUUUCUGCACUCCUGGAGGCAAGGCAUACUAGCUCUCCCGCGAAGGAAAACGGCGUGUGUGCGUCUACAGCAUCUGUAAUGCGUAGUUAAAAAUGGCUUUCGCUUUCCUCUCUGCCGGGAAGUCGCGUUGCGAGUUCUUGCGCGUGAUUCAUGAGCAUGCCGAUCGGGAUUGGUGCUCGCAGUGUUGGAGGCGGGGGGCCGUCUUUGAAAAAUCAAAACCGGCCGAAGACGGACCCGGGUGGGUGCGUUUUGCAUCCCCCUGCGCCUGAAUGGCGCAAGCCAUAUGCCAUACCAGACCGGCAAUGGCGUACGCCUUCAGCAUCACACGGGGGAGUAUUUCCAUGCCUUAGCUGUUUUCAUGUCUUUGUACUGGUGGC